CACGCACCCCUCAUCGAUCUCUCCGCCUAACUGUCCCCUUGUUUUGUCCACCACCGGCCCCCCUACCAUCCCAUCUCGAUCGCCGGAGUAUCGAUCGAGAUACACGCAUAGUCAAUCGUGCGACGACCUACGUGACAUGGCGGCGGGAGGAGGUGGAUCGUCGCCGGGGAAGCCGGUGAUGGUGGUGGGGAUCGACGACAGCGACCACAGCUACUACGCGCUGGAGUGGACGCUGCAGCACUUCUUCGCGCCGGGGCAGCCGCAGCAGUACCGCCUCGCCGUGCUCACCGCCAAGCCGCUGGCGUCCUCCGUCAUCGGCAUCGCCGGCAUCGGCUCGGCCGAGCUGCUGCCGACGGUGGAGGCCGAUCUCAAGCGCACCACCGCCAGGGUCAUGGACAAGGCCAGGAGCCUCUGCGCCGAGGUGGCCGACGUCGGCUACGAAGCCGUCGAGGGGGACGCCAGGGGCGUCAUCUGCGAGGCGGUCGACCGGCACCACGCCGAGAUCCUGGUCAUCGGCUGCCAUGGCUACAGCAAGUGGAAGAGGGCUGUUCUUGGAAGCGUGAGCGACUACUGCACCCACCACGCGCACUGCACCGUCAUGGUCGUCAAGAGGCCAAAGCACAAGCACUGACAGCGUUCUCUCUGUCCUUAAUGAUGAUGCUCCUGGCCGGCUCUGUAACAGAACAGAAAUGAAUUGAAACGGGGUCUUCUCGUUUCGCUUUUAUUCAUAGGGGUGUAGUGAUCUUAUUCCAGCAGCACAUUUAAAGAUCCUAAACUCCUAAUUAGAGUAGUCGUUUGUCUUACAUCGAUGGAUAUUGGAUGAUUUCGUUAUGGGCAUAUGUUGGCUAAUAACAUGGCUGAUUUUUCA